AUGGCUGAAAAUGAGUUGAAGAAAUUAUUAGGAGAUACAAGCAAAUGUUCAAUUUGCUUAGAAACGUGUCAAGAACUAAAAACAUUAAAUUGCCAACAUAGCUUCUGCCUUCUUUGUCUUCAAAAAUGGAUGACAAGAAAGGGUGCACUGGAAUGUCCAAAUUGCCGCCAAAUGCAUCCAGUUCCUGAGGGUGGGCUUCGAACACUGCCAUCGUAUGCAAUGGAAUUAAAAACUGCUAAACACUUUGAUAGACUCUGUGAUAUUAACAUCAAGUGCUGUUGUGGUAGGUGCAAUGCAGUCUUUUAUUGCCAGGAUUGUCAUCAGUAUUUGUGUACUUCUUGCACAAAUACUCAUGAAAAAUUCCCUGCACUUAAGGACCACAUACUACAGCCAAUCAGUGCUAAAUCACCUUCCCCAGAAAAACUGCACCAGACCUUGUGCCCACUACAUGAGAAAGAGUUGGAAUUUUAUUGCAAAGUUUGUAAAACUCCAAUUUGUCAAAAGUGUGCUAUAACAGAUCACAGUGAAUAUGAUGGACAGCAUGAGCCAAUCAGAGCUUCUGAUGCAUUCAAUGACCUCAGAGUAACAGCAAAUUCUUUGAUGGCUCAAGCUGAUUUCCACAAACACAAGGCACAAGCAGGAAUCAGCAAAUGUACUGCAAAUGCCUCUGAACUUAGUAAAAGAAGAAAUAAUAUUAUGAAGGACAUCAACAAAACUGUGGAAGAAAUGAUAAAAUUGGUAAGGGAAACAGAAAUUACAGUAGUAGGAAAGUUGGAAGAUGUCUGUAAAGCAAAGAACAGGAAAAUUAAUUCUCAAAUUGAUAAACUCAAAUCAACUAUAUCAGAUAUUGAAGGAAAACAAAAUUAUAUCUCAACAUUAUUGGAAAGUGGUGAUGCAACAGCUCUCAAUACAUGUCAACAAAUAAUCAGGGAGCUGCAAGACAUCAUUGCUGUCCUACCAGAGACAGAACCCAGAGAUGAUGGGAAGGUUUACUUCUCUCCAACAAAAGACCACACACCAGUAUUGACCUCUUUGAAGAACCUGGGAAUAGGUCAUGUUAGUGAAAAACCAAAUGAAAACAUUUUCGAAGUUGUAUCUGAAAAUCCAAUGACUGUGACAUGUUAUCAACCUUUUAAUGUUGAAAUAGAUCAAAAACAUGAGUGUGAGAUAGACAUCAAUGACCUGACAGUAUCAAAAUGGGAGAUGAGAGCUUCCUCAACAAAAUACGCUUCAAUGAAAUACACUGCAUCACAAUACACUUCCACUAUAAGAAUCGUUAAAUCUGAGGGAAAAUAUUUUAUUAAAGGAACUUCAAGUACAGAUUUGACACUGGAUGUCAAGUUUUGUAAUUCUUCAAUAAAAGGAUCACCAAUUAAAAUCAUUGUUCAACCUGUUGGAAUUGUACGACGUAUCACAAACGUUGGUCGAUCUACUCGGAUUAUGGGUAGCAAUAUAGGUAUCCAAGAUUUAAUGAUGUCUGACAAUGGUCGGUUUUUAGUUGUUUGUAACACAAAUGAGGUUUUCAGGUUUGGAGACACAGGAGCAUUUAUCAGCACUAUCAAAUUACCAUCAGUAUCAAAGGUCCAAAGAAUAUACAAACUGAAAAACAACAACCUAAUAUUCUUGGACUGGAUUAAUUGUAACGUAACAAUUUGCAAACAAGAUGGUCAGCUGAUGAAAUCAAUAUCCACUGGUCAGUCAUCUCGGAGUUUGCCUUCUGGUAUUGCUGUGAAUGAAGAAUUAGAUUUAAUGUAUGUUGCUGACCAAACUGCCCAUUGCAUUCACAUUUUCAACAUGGCAAGCAAUCUAAAAAUAGAAACGUUCGGAUCAAAGGGUAGGCUUGAAGGACAGAUUAACGGUCCAUCUGGUGUUGCCGUAACAAAAGAAGGGAAUCUCAUUGUGGCUGACAUUCAAAAUCACAGAGUGCAAUUAUUUGGUUCUGAUGGUCAAUUCAUUAAAGUUCUUAUUGGUGGAGGGGAUAAAGAUGGAAUGGUAAUAAGGCCCUCCAGAGUAGGUGUUGAUUAUGAUGACAACAUUAUUGUAGUCAGUGAAUGCAAAGUACAGCUCUUUGACAAGCAUGGCAAGUUCCUUAGAGUGAUUCAUCAGAUUGAGAAGGGAGAGAAAAAUUAUUUUGCUAUUUCGAUCGUCUGUCAUUUCCCUAGAAGACUUGCAUUAGCAAAAGUAAAUUCAGUUACGAUGGAUGUGCAAGUAAUUAAUUAUUAAUCUAGCAAUGUACGAACUCUGUCCAAACUAUCAAACUUUCUUUUCCAAAAAACUGUUGUAUGCCCAUAUAUAGUCAUGAUGUGCCUAAUUAUGGUCAUGAUGUGAUGUCAUCAUGACUAUAUUUAGGCAUGUCACAUGUUCUGUCAAAUAAAAUUUGAUAGCCUAGACAGGGCAUUACAAUUAAAUCAAUAUUACUGAAUAGUAAUUAAAACUUAAAAUGGCAGUUCUAAAUUGAUGAAUUUUAUCACGUGAUAUUGUAAGUAUUAUACACUGCAAGAAAUUAUUAAAUAACAAGUCUAGAAAAUGCAACAAUUAAAUCACAUAUCAGUUUUGUACGGUAAUAGUUAAAACUUAAAAGGGCAGGUAAACAUUGAUGAAUUUUGUAGAUAUUUUACAUAUGACUACAAGUAAGUAAUUAUUAAAUAACAAGUCUGUAUAACAAUUAAAUCACAUAAUUUUAAUAAUAACUAAAACUUAAAUGACAGCUAAAUAUUGAUAUAUUAUUAGGUGAUAUUGUAGAUAGUGUGUAUGAAUGCAAAGAAACAAGAUAAAGUUACAUUGUAAAUACAGCAAUAAUUUCAAGAUUGUAUUUUUCUUUUUGUUCUUGUGUUUUUAGUUUUAUAGCUGCUAGAAGUAACUAGCUGUUCUGUUGAAGUUGUUUUUUUUUUUGUUAAUUUGGUAUAUGACUGGGCUGUAAGCUUUGGGCUGCCACUAUGAAAUAACAUGAAAUUAUUAUUAUAUAUCUAUUAAAUAAUAUCUAAAUUAACAUUUUCAAUGAGACUAAUAACCUGAAGUAUUCUUGCUAUGAUAUUGUUAUAAGAGUUUUCUGAUUUGGUAAACAAUAGUGACACUGAAAAAUAAGAUCUAUUUUAUGAACUGAAAUUGUAGAAUUUUUUGAGACUGUAGACAUAUUCAUACCCUGAUGAAGCCCACUGUGCAGACAAAAGCUUGAGCUAAUAAAUUUUACUGUAUCUUUAAA